AUGUCAACUUUCAGAUUUCUUGAUGAUGAUCACACAAUGAUAUCUUCCUAUAUUAAACAAUUUCAAAAGUAUAUAGUAAAUAUAUUAGAUAGAUAUAUGUUUUAUGGAAUUGAUCCAAUAUUAACCUAUUCAAUAGUAAAUAGUAGUGAAUAUUAUAAUCGGAAUAUUGUUGUGAUGACAGAUCAAUUAUCUUCAUCAUCUUCAUCAAGUACAGGAAGUAGUGGUGAAUUAUUAAUGGAAAGAGUGAUCAAUCAAUAUGAUAUUUAUCAUCAACUUUCUAAUAAUAACAAUUCGAAUAAUAAUAAUAAUAAUAAUAUUAUAAUAACAUCAUCUAAUAGUACACUUCAACAACAAAUAGGUUCAAAUGCAGCUAUCAAAAUACCCACCACUAAUAAUUCUAACAACAAGUCUUCUAAGAAAUCAAAACACUCAUCACUUCAAUCCAAUACAUCUUCCAAUGAUCAACAACAACAACAACAAGAAAUGAUUAUAAUAUUUACAUUAAACUUGAAUGGAUUUAUAUUUAGUGAAACUUCACCAUUCAGUGUACAUUUAUUAGAUAAUUUUACAAUGUUAUUCAAUCCAUCAUCUUCAUCUUCUAAUCAAUCAUCAAUUCCAUCAUUCAAACCUUCAUCAUCAUUUGCUAAUAGAUUUUCAUCCAAUUCUUCUUCAUCCAAUAAUAAUAAUAAUAAUAGAAAUUCAUCAUCUAAUUCAUCAUCCAAUAAUAAUAAUAAUAAUACUUCUAAUACAUGGAAACAAUCAAUGAAAUUAACGAGUACAAGUAGUAGUGAAUAUCCACUAUUUGAUCCAUCACCAGUAUCAGCAUCCUCUUCCUAUAAUAAUAAUACUAAUACUAAUAAUACUAAUAAUACUAAUAGAAUUGGAUCAUCCCAUUAUAGUAAUUCCAAUUCAUCAUCUAAUUCAUCAUCCAAUAAUCGUAAUAGUAAUAAUAGUAGUAAUAGUAGUGGUAAUAAUAGUAAUGGUAAUGGUAAUAGUGGUGGUAAUAGUAGUGGAAGUAGUUUAUUUAAAAGUAAUUGUAGUGAUUUAGAUGUACAUUUAGAUAUAUUUCCAAAUCAAUUUAAUAGACUAGAUAUAGUAACUUCUAAUAAUGGAAAUAAAAAACAAGAAUAUUCAAUUCAACAUUGGAAAGAUCAAGUAUUUAGAGGAUAUACAUUUAAUUCAAUGAAAUUAUAUGAAAGAAAUGAACAUGUUUUAUUCGAUUCUAUUAGAAUUUGUAAUUUACCAAUUUUGAAAUUAAUUAUUGAAAAAUUUGAAAAUUGUUUUGAAGGAAAUGAAAAAUUAAUUAAUUUUGUAAAUCAUGAAAAUAGAAAUGGAAUUACACCAUUACAUUUAUUACAUAUUAUUUAUGGUAAAAUUUUAAAUUCAUGUAAAGAUUUAAUUUCACAUUUAGAAGAAAAAGGAGCAAAUUUAAAUAUUUAUUUAAUUUCCAAUUAUGGAAAUGAACAAAAAUUAAUUUCAACUAUUGAAAAUUUAGAUAUGAAUAUUUGGAUACAUAUACUAAGUUAUAGAGCUUUUUCAAUGAGAAGUAUUAAUUCUCUAUGUCAAAUAGAAUAUAAGCAGAAAAAUAUCAAGUCUUGA